AUGGCCGUCCCGGUAUUCUGCAAUUCGUGCUUCUGCGAGCCCCGCAAGCCUACCCCCCGAUUCAGCCUCACAAGCUGUGGCCAUGUUAUCUGUGAGGUCUGUCUGCAGAAAGGCAAAAAAGAUGAAUGUUUGAUCUGUAGAACUCCUUGUCGUACAUUACUCCUUUCAAAACAGACAAAUCCUGAUAUUCAAUCACUGUUCAUGGGAAUAGAUACGUUAUGCAAGAAAUAUUCAAAAGAAAUAACACAGAUUUCAGAAUUUCAAGAAAAACAUCGUAAACAUUUAUUAGCAUACCAAAGACAAAAGACUGCAAAGUUGGAAGAAUCUCUCAAGAAAGUAACACAACAAAUGCAUCAGAUACAAUGUAUGAAACCUCCUGAACAAACUACACAGUUACCAUUUUCCAGUACAAGUAGAAAUCGACUUUCCAUUCCUUCAAGAAAACAGAAUGGUUAUUCUUCAUAUUCUCUUCAUCCUAGUCAUCCUUCCACUUCAGAAAUAACUGAGUCAAUGGAGAUUGAUCCUCUACCUUCACCAAUAAGGAAGCCUGAGACACCAACUGGUCCAGCAAGAUUAUCUGUAAUAACUCCACCACAAGAUGGACGUAUGGGGAGUGUGUCCUACAGGAGUUCUCAGUCAUCUGGAAUAAUGUCAAGUCAAAACAGCAGAGCAGGAUCUACAAGAUCCACACCUAUAAGGCUACCAUUUAAUGGAUGUUCACUUACACCAUCAUCUGGAUCACAAAGCAGCAGAAGAGCGUCAUGGGCAAUUUCUGAUUUCAGAACCCCUCAGCUGUUUCCAUUUACAUCACCUUCCCCACAGUCAUCCUUACCAAGAAAUCCAAUCACCAUCUCUGGACUUCUGCAAAGACAACAUUUAGGAUCGACUAAUUUUGGAGGGCAGUCAGCAGAAAGAUAA